ACUAAAUAAAAUCCAUUAGGUUCUCACUCUCAGAGUCAUCCUCCUUCACAGCAUCUAUCCUGUAGUUAAUUGUUACUCUUACAUAUAUACCUAUUAUAUCUUUUAUUAACCCUAGCUUUCGGUCACAAAAUUCAAAAGCUUCAGACUCCCUCAAACUCUCAGCCUUUUUUCUCCCGAUUCACGAACUCCUGCACGGUCACCACCGCCGACUGCCACCUCCUCGGUCCUUCAAUGCCACUUCUCACCCCCUCAGUCCCUCACCGCACAUUCUUGAGCUCACCAUCAUGCUCAUUUUGCCGUCUUGCAGUGGUUGUAAUCUUUUUCUCGUCGCUUGAGAACGUCUUUUUCUCGUCACGUCUUCGCCGGUCUUUGCUAGUCUGCCUCUAUUCUCUGUCGGACAAGUUAGCUCUAUGAAUAACAGUGUUAUAAUUUCUGAGAGUUUCUGGGAACGAUUAACCAAGAAGAGAAGAUGAUCGAGGUGGUUCUGAACGAUCGAUUGGGGAAGAAGGUCCGCGUGAAAUGCAACGAUGACGACACCAUCGGAGACCUGAAGAAGCUGGUUGCAGCUCAGACAGGAACGAGGGCCGACAAGAUUCGCAUUCAGAAGUGGUACACCAUCUACAAGGAUCACAUCACCCUCAAAGAUUACGAGAUCCACGACGGCAUGGGCCUCGAGCUCUACUACAACUAAAAUUCCUCUUCAAAGCUCUCUUCUUUCUUCCCUGUUAUUGUUUAUUUUAGGGUUCCCCAUGAUUUUGCGUUUAUUUAACAAUUGGCUUGAUAGAAUUUACCUUUGCUGAGCAUUGUGGAUUCAUAAUUUUGUUCAUCCCUAGUAAAGGCUAUUAUUUCUUUAAUGAAUUGCCCAAUUUAUGGGCUCAUGUUAUUGUUUCUGUGCUUGCUACUUCCUUGAAUGGUAUAAUAGUACUUGAGACUCAUCUUUUGCUGUUGUUUGUUUCAGGUGCUAUUAAUGGUGUAAUAUAUAUUUUGUGCUGGGAACUGGAUAAUGUAAUUUUUUACUUGUAAAAAACCCGUUUGAUUGGAAUAAUGUACAGACCCAAAUGAUAUUGGGUUUAAUUUCUUGUUGGAACAAUCUGUUACUUUGUU